GAAGUCGGAAGUUAUCUUGCUGCUCAACGCGACUUAACAGCUAACUAGCGUUAGCAACAUAGUUGGCUCUCCUCGUCAGGAUUUCACCGAAAAUAACUGGUUAAUGAUACAAAUUUAUAAUGCAGAAUCGCUGUGCUGUGCUCAACUGUGCUAGUGGUAAAUCCGACCCACAGCCCCUCUUCAGGUUUCCGCACGAUCCAGAAAGGUCUAAGACGUGGGUUGAAAAAUGCCAGAGACAAGACCUCUUGGACAAAUCACCAGACCAGUUGUACAGAUACUACAGACUCUGUGGAAAACAUUUUGAAACCUCUUCAAUUCAUAAUGACGCUCAGAGUGCAGUGUUGAAAGAUGAUGCCAUACCAACUAUCUUUGAGGUGCAAAGCCAACCUCAAAAUGGACAAGUGAAGCGCCAUAAAGAAAUGUCCAAAGAUGAUGAAACUGAGAGUAAGGGGAGAAAAAAAAGCAAAAAGUCUCAGGCACAGACACCUAAAGAAGAUGCCCAGGCACUCCCAGAGGAAGAGCAUUAUAAAGAGUAUCUUAAGUCAUUGUUUGAAGUUCUUGUACUGUUUGGAGAGCAAAGCAUUCCUCCGACCGGGCCUGGUGAUAAUAAACAGGAUGGGCUUAGGUCAAGCAACUUUCAGGCAUUGUUAGAAUAUCGCAUGAAUUGUGGAGAUGAAGUCCUUAAGAAGAGAUACGAUGUAAAGAAGGAGUGCUGCUCUUCCGCUCAGCUGAGUCACUUAAUUGAGGUGUUAGAGACAUGCAUCCACAGUAAGCUGAUGGAGGAAGUUAAACAAAAUGGCUUUUUCUCACUCCUUACCGAUGACUUGGUGAAGAUGUCAGGAGAAUGGUACCUCCCAGUCUUUCUCCGUUAUGUGGACCAGUCUAACUGCCAACAGGAGAGGUUUGUUGGGUUCUUGUCAUUUGAAGGAGAUGGGGAUACCUUAGCAGAGAAACUUCUGUCAGAAAUGACUGACAAAUGGGGCUUGGACAUGGAACAAUGCAGAGGUCAAGCCCACUCCUGCUCCGGGACACAUUUUAGUAAAAUAAAAACAUUUGCUGCCAAAGUGAUGGAGAGGUACCCAAUGGCUGUGGUUACACUAAGAUCUACUCAUACAUUGAACAUGUCACUGGCAAAUGGCAUGGCUUUGUCAGGGGUUCAGCUUGUUAUGUCAACUCUGAGAAAGAUUGAGUCAUUCUUCAGUCAGUCGCCGUCACUGCAGUUGGAGUUGGAGCAUGCAAUUUCGAUUUUUUUUCCAGACAAAGAGGAAAAAGCCAAGGAACUGAAAGAGAUCUGUCAAACCAGCUGGACCAGACGUAAUGAUGUGUUUGAGGUGACAGUAGAAAUUCUUGAGGCAUUGCUGCUAUGCGUGGACAGUGUUCAUGACAAUGAGGACAUGAGGUGGAAUGAUGAAGUAACACACAGUGCCUUAGAGAUUUCAAAAGCACUAACUGAUUUUGAGUUUGUCAUAUCAUUGGUCGUGCUGAAAAACGUUAUGACACUGACACAAGCAUUUGGGAAGAAUGUGCACGGGAAAGCGACAGAUGUGUACUUUGCUGUAGCCAGUUUAAAAGCUGUUCUGCACUCUCUGAAUGAAGUGUCUGACAACAUUGAUGUUUAUCAUGAAUUCUGGAAUGAUGAGGCCGUUAACCUAGCUGCUGCCAUGGAGGUCCCAGUUAAGGUCCCUCGAUCAUUCUUGAGGAAGCAUCAGGCAGAAUCUGGAGCCAUUCAGCCCGAGAGUUACUACAAGGACCACCUGUCUGUUCCCGUGGUGAACCAUGUCAUCAAAGAAAUGAACGAACUCUUCUGCGAGGACCACUUGAAGGCUCUGAGAUGUCUGUCACUGGUCCCUGCUGUCAUAGAGCAGCAUAAGUCUGCUGAGCCUGACGAAGAGAGUGUGCAAGUGUUUAAAAAUGACAUCCCAAAUGCAGGAAGCCUCUCUGCUGAGCUGCACUGCUGGUGGGUGAAAUGGAGCAAAAAGGGCAAAGGAGAGAUUUCACCCUCCACUCUGCUUGAAACCCUGCAGCUGGCCGAUGUGAAGUUCUUCCCAAACAUGCUUGCAGUUCUGAGACUGAUCGGCAUCCUGCCUACCUUGGCUCUGGAUGACCGCUCUGAUGUAGUGUACAAGCGCUUCAAGAUGUACAUGGAGAACACGCCUGAAAAAUUCAAAUCAAAAAGUCUUGCUUUUCUGAACAUAAACGAUGAUGUUUGCUAUGAUCUGGACACCACAGUGGAGCUCUACAUGAAGAUGUACCCAGACAGAGAGGAGUCAUGACGUGGUAGUAAUGUGUCUGAACUAAUGAUCCACAUUAUUUAGUUAAUUGUUUAGCCUUCAUACUGAUGUAACAUCUUUUGUAGUAUUUCUUUAUAUAUAAUGUACAUUGAACAUGUUUGUCCUUCAUACUGUCUUGACCACCAUCAACUGAUUCCAACUAUCCAAGUCCAUUCCCUCACUCCAUUGUUGAAAUAAGUUGCAAACAUUUGUCACUAUGUUUUAAGAGUGGAGCUUAAUACUCUUGUUAAAGUGAUUUUAGAGAGUUACUCUCUUGACUUUAUUCACCUUUUGUGGUUGUCCUUAACACAGUUUUGAAAGAUGGUCUGUUGCCAAUCCAGAAACUUAAUUGAGUUUCUGGGUAGAAAUUUAGGGUAUAUAUGAACGUACAGAUAUGUCUCAACCGCUGAGGUGUUUUCAGGUUCAUGGCGAGUUAGAGAUCAGGACAAAGUAGUGUGAUGCUUAAGGUGACGUGACCAAGACCCACAGUUCUUAGAUACACACCUGCUCUUAUCUAUGACCGUCCAUCUUGCACUUCAGACAGUAUGUCUUUGAAUGGUUUUGAAUGGAGUGUAUACUUGUGACUUAAGAGCCAAGUCACUGUCUGCUCUGAGACUCAAACUUUCACUAUAGUGUUUGUUGUUAAGGAAACCCGAUUUGACUGAAGACUAAAAUCAUUUGGCUUACCCUGUCCUGGUUGCUGCAGUGGACGGUGUUAAAAUGACUUUAAACAUUAUAUUCUUCCAAGAUUAAAGUUACAUUUUUAAGUUGCA